CGCCGAGAGCUUCCCCUCCCCUCCCCCCCGCUCCAAGAUGGCGUCGAUGCGGGAGAGCGACACCGGCCUGUGGCUGCACAACAAGCUGGGCUCGGCGGACGAGCUGUGGGCGCCGCCCAGCAUCGCCUCGCUGCUGACGGCCUCGGUGGUGGACAACAUCCGCCUCUGCUUCCACGGCCUCUCGUCGCCCGUCAAGCUCAAGCUGCUGCUGGGGAUGCUGCACCUGCCUCGCCGCGCGGUGGACGAGAUGAAAAAUGCACUGACAGAAAUCAUCCAGCUUGCGACCUUGGAUCCGGACCCCUGGGUCUUAAUGGUGGCCGAUAUCUUGAAAUCAUUUCCCGAUAUAGGUUCCCUGAACCUUGAUCUGGAGGAGCAGAAUCCCAAUGUUCAGGAUAUUUUAGGAGAACUGCGAGAAAAAGUGAGUGAAUGUGAAUCGUCAGCUAUGCUGCCGCUGGAGUGCCAGUACUUAAAUAAGAACGCCUUGACCACAUUGGCUGGACCACUUACACCUCCGGUGAAGCACUUCCAGCUGAAACGUAAACCAAAAAGCGCUACUCUCCGAGCAGAGCUGCUGCAGAAGUCUACUGAAACUGCACAGCAGCUCAAGAAGACAGCUGGAGUGCCAUUCCAUGCCAAAGGAAGAGGACUAGUCAAAAAGAUCGAUACAACAACUCCACUCAAAGGGAUACCUAAACAAGCACCUUUCAGGAAUCCCACUACUCCAAGUGUAUUUAGUCCUGCCGGAAACAGAACUCCGAUUCCACCCUCGAGAACUCCUCUGCGCAAAGAGAGAGGAGUAAAGUUACUCGACAUCUCAGAGCUGGAUACGGUUGGUGCUGGCCGGGAAGCCAAAAGGAGAAGAAAGACCUUAGAUACAGAAGUGGUCGAAAAGCAAGCGAAAGAAGAGACAGUCGUGGAAAAUGCUACUCCAGACUACGCUGCUGGUCUCGUAUCUACUCAGAAAAUUGCCUCUUUGAACAAUGACCCUGCCCUAGCUUCUACGAGCUAUCUGCCUGCAGCACCCAGUGUCGUUCCAUCUUCCUCUUACGUUCCAAGUUCCGACACCACGCAGCCCGCUGGCUCCGUCCGGGAACCCUUGCAAGCGAAAGAAGAGCCUGCGACGCCUCCUGGCACUGCUGUCCCGACUCAGUUUAAGCAAAGGACACCCAUGUAUAACAGCAACGCAAACACAGCUGCAGCGACGCCUACCUCUCCUGUGACUCCUCCCGCCGCCCCUCCAGCAGUGCAGGCGCCACCGGCAGCUCCUCCUCAGCAAGCGCCGCCCAAGAAGAACCUCUCUCUAACAAAGGAACAAAUGUAUGCAGCGCAAGAAAUGUUCAAGACAGCAAACAAAGUCACGAGGCCAGAGAAGGCUCUCAUCCUUGGGUUCAUGGCAGGAUCCAGAGAAAACCCUUGUCAAGAACAGGGCGACAUAAUUCAGAUCAAACUGAGCGAACACACGGAACUGCUGCCAAAGGCUGACGGCACAGGAAGCACCACGAUGCUGGUGGACACGGUUUUUGAAAUGAACUACGCCACUGGCCAGUGGACCAGACUGAAGAAAUACAAACCAAUAACUAACGUUUCUUAAACAAUUCAGUAAUAAAGUGUAGACCAAACAGACCAUAGAAUAA